AGAUAAAUUUUGAACUUUAUUAAUACGAAAAAAAUUCAAUAUGUUUUGGAUUCUUGGAGCAGUGCUCUUAGCAACUCUAACCUACUACUACAUUAUUAAACCACUUUACCACUGGAAAGAACGAGGUGUUCCACAGAAAGACUUCUUGGACGCUUUUAGCUUUUCAUGGUUUGGCCUGUUUUAUCGCAUGACAUUUGCAGAACAUAUAAUCAGACUCUACAAGGGUUUUCCUAAAACCAGGUUUUAUGGUCUCUAUCAAUUUAAUGUUCCUAGUCUGAUAAUCACAGAUGUAGAUUUGAUCAAGCAAAUGGUGAUAAAGGACUUUGAUUAUUUUAACGAACAUCGUAUUUUUGCUAGGGAAGAUGUCGAUCCCAUGUGGGCAAAAAAUCUGUUUGCUUUAACAGGGAACAGAUGGAGAAACAUGAGAUCAACACUUAGUCCCUCUUUCACCAGCAGCAAGAUGAAAGGAAUGUUUCAUUUAAUAAAAGCUAACGCUGAGAGGUUUGUCAACUUUUACCUCAGUCAAAACAAAGAUGUAGUCCCAGUGGAAAUGAAAGAAGUAUCUACGCGGUAUAGUAACGAUGUGAUAGCUUCCACGGCCUUUGGAGUCGAAGUUGAUUCAUUGGCCAAGCCGAACAACGAAUUCUACAUCAACGGAAAGAGUUUAACUGCAUUUGGUAGCAUUAAAGCGUUAUUUAGAUUUAUUUUUAGCAUAUUUCUACCAAAUGUCGCCAAGCUAUUCAACAUCAGAAUCAUCGAAGAAAGCAUUGGGGAUUUUUUUACCAAAAUUAUUGAAGAUUCUAUUAAAAUGAGAGAAGAAAAAGGACUAGUGAGGCCAGAUAUGAUCCAUUUACUGUUAGAGGCAAGAAAAGGAAGCUCUAAAGGGGAUGAACACCAGACUACUGCUGAUACUGGAUAUGCCACUGUCGAAGAACAUCUUAAAUCUGAAAUACAAACCGAUAUCACAAACGACGACAUUGUCGCCCAAGCUCUUGUCUUCUUCUUUGCGGGUUUCGACUCCAGUUCAAACUUAAUGAGCUUUUUAGGAUAUGAACUAUGUGCCAAUCCAGAUAUUCAAGAAACCCUUAGAGAAGAAGUUAAAGAAACUAUGGAAAAUUGUAAUGGAAAACUGACAUACGAAGCUCUUGUGAACAUGAAGUAUAUGGAUAUGGUAGUGUCAGAAUGCCUAAGAAAAUGGCCAGCCAUGCCAUCAGUGGACAGACUAUGUACCAAACCAUAUACUAUCGAACCAGUUUUACCUGAAGAAAAGCCAGUUCAACUAAAACCAGGUGACAUCGUACAUCUGGUCAUCUACUCCAUCCAUCACGAUCCCGAACUGUUUCCAGAUCCAGAAACUUUUGAUCCUGAAAGAUUCAGCGAAGAAAACAAAGCUAAUAUUAAACCUUAUUCUUAUAUGCCAUUUGGAUUGGGGCCUAGGAACUGCAUCGGCUCCAGAUUUGCGCUACUUGAGACGAAAAUAUUAUUUUUCUAUAUUUUGAGAUAUUUUAAAAUAGUUCCUGUUGAGAAAACUGAUAUACCGAUCAAAUUGGAUAAGAGUGUAUUUAGGAUUAUACCAAACAAAGGUAUUAAUGUAGGAUUUGAACGUAUUAAAUCAUAAUCAUAAUAAUUUUGUCGAUAUGUACGAUAAAUAUUUUUUAAUUGUGGAGAUUUAUUUGUUAAAAAUGUGUAUUUUUAUCAUCUUGUAUGUGUCUAUGACAAAUUUUAUUAAGUAAUAAUCUAGCGUACUGUAUAUUUACAGAUAUUAAAUAUUAAUCUAAUGUACUGUAUAUUUACAGAAAUAUUUGUAGAACGUUGCUAUUGUUUUUAAUAAAGUAUUUUAC